GACCAAGUUGCGCAUGUGUUUCAGUUCAUUAACCAGCUGGUUUCCCGCGCCUGCGACAGCAUCUCAGGAGUUGAUGACAGCAUUCUCGGCGCUGAAGACAGCGACGAUGACAGCGACUGCAGUAUGGGGAGCAAUGAAUCGAGUACUAGCAGCUCUAAAGCCAGCCGCAACGAAACCUCAAGGGCUCUUAUCGAUAUCUUUGGACAGAUACAAGCGCUCUAUUCCCUCGGAAUCCUCCUACGCCGUCCAGGGGUGAGCCGGAGAUACCUCAAAUCGGGAAAACAGGCAUUUCAUGGUGGCCCAUCACCCUCUUCGCCAGAGGACCUAUCGCACGUCAGGGAAUGCAUCCGGCGCUGGCGUAGCGAUCAGUCUGGAAUUGGGGUUCCUCCAGAAGAAGAGAGAGUAGCCUCUUGGGAGGAAAUCAUUCGCAGAAAUGAGCGAGCAGCUGACCUGGAUUCCGAAGAGCCGGAUGCCCGCCUCAUGCAGAGGCUUUCUCUAGCGAACGCGCUACGACGAGAGCAGCUAAUUUACUGGCGAGACCAUCCGGACCAGGUAAUUUUUACUGAACCGACAGCCCCAGCGCAACCAUUUCCUGCCAGUCAGGGCCCCAUCGUUGAUGGCGAAUCUGUCAAGUCCGGCACAGUUUCUCUCUUCUCCAAGAACACCGUAGCGAAAUCUGAUAUUCUGGGAGUCGCAUCUUCAUUACAAGGCCCCUAGGUCGCAGUUGCGAACUAGCCUCGCACCAUUUACGCGGAUACGGUUAUCGGCGGAUCACAUUCGUCUAGGGUUCCCGACGUGCCU